AUGGCGAUUAAUUCAUUAUCUACUGAACUAUUGAAAGAAAUUCUUGAAAAUAUUAUUGAUUCUCAUUAUUUAUUCUCAUGUAUUCUUGUCAAUAGAAUAUGGUGUAGAACCGGAGUUCCAAUACUUUGGAGAUCACCGAAUCCUUUGGAGAAAUCUUUAUUACCUCUUGUUAUAUCUUAUUUACGUUGCCUUCCUGAAAAACAAAUAAAAUGUUUAAAAGAUGAAAAUAUACCCUUACCGAAUGAAAAAACUCCAAUAUUUGAUUAUCCCUUUUUCCUAAAAACUUUAGACUUAAAACUUAUUAAUAAUAUGAAAUAUUUGUUGCCUACUUUUUUAGAACAGGCCGAAAAAAUUUCUUUCAUUUAUCUUAAUGAAAGUGCUCAAAUACUGGCCAUAAAUCAAAAUGCUCCAAAUUUAAUAAUGUUGAGGAAGCUUCAUAUAUCUUCUUGGAAAGAUGAAUCAUCUUUCAUGGAGAAGAUUACUACAUUUACUAAUCAUCUUCAGCUUAUUAGUGCUGAAUGUGUAAAUUAUAAAACAAAAGCUUUAGCAUUAGCGAGUCUUAUUCAAAAGCAAACUUCUUUACAACAUCUUAAACUUCUCUAUACAUCCAGUGAUAAUUAUUGUUCGAUUAUUUUUAAAUCUUUACCGAGUCAAUCAAAUUCUUUAAAGAAACUUGAACUACAUCGUGUUAAUCUGGAUACGAUUGAUUCAUGGGUAUCAUGUUAUAAUUUAAAGACAUUAGAAAUUCGAAAUUGCAUCGGAACUCUUGACUUUUCAUCAAACCCUUGGAGACCAAUAUUUCCAAAUUUACAAAAUCUUAUAGUCAUUAAUUAUGCUCAUAAUCGUCAAUUUUUUGUUCCUUUCAUUGUUAAAAUAAUUGAAGCAGCUGCAAAAAAUCUUUUGUAUUUUAAAUGUUCGAUGCUGGAUUAUAUGUCAGAAAUCACAACUUCCAUCGCCGUAAAUUGUCCAAAUAUUCUUCAUUUGGACCUGCAAUCUUCUUCAAGUUCUCAAAUUAUUUUAAUCCUAAAUUCUUGUCAUAAGUUGAAAACGUUAAAAUUUUAUUCUAAUGAUACUAAUGAAUUCGCUUUUACUGAAAUGAUUAAAUAUAUAAGACCAUCACUAAAAAAAUUUUUAGUAAUAGGAUCUCGUAAUCAACGAUCCCCUUAUUGUUAG